CUCAUUGACAAAAAAAAAGGCCCUGUUUUUAGUGUUUUCAAACCCUCUUGCAGGCCAUUUUUUUUUCUUUCUCCCGCAAAAUUAUUCCAAAAUUUGAAGAACAUUUUCCAAGAUUUGAUCUGGGUUUGCCUCAUUUUAGACUACACUGCAGUCGAAUCGUCGAAUUUUAGGCCUUUAUGUGGUCAAAAAUAUGGUGAAUGUGUAAGAGGAAAUGAGCUAACUAGCAUGCUUAGAUUGUGCUCUUUUUCCAGGAAAGCAAAGGUCUUCAGAACAGGGGAAAAAAAAGUAAUGUACUAAUUGGGAGGGAACUAUUUCAAAAACCCUCAUUUUACUCUUCAAAUUCAAAAUUUUUGGCAAUUAAAGGUAACAUUUUAUUUCAUAAUCUACUUUUCUAUUUUCUUUCUAAAUUACCCUUAUUAAAGAAUUGUAUUACUCUUUUUUUGUAACUUUUACCUUUUUUUCUCUUCACAACUUUCACUUGAAUUCUGCUGUUAAUGACAAGGACACAAGAUUAGACCUUUUCCUAUGCUUUUGUGUUGUUUACAAAAGAAUUCUAGUUGCAGUAGUAAAAUUUGAAUUUCAUUUGAGUUUUUUUGCAGCUUUUUGUUUCAAUUUUUUGGGUUUAAUGUUUACACAAAAAUUGUCUAUGGGGGACUGCAGAUUAAGGUUAGGUAACUUUUGCUUCCAAGGAAGUAUAACAGAAGAAAUCAUGGAGAAUUCAUUAACAGAUGAGAGUUAUGAUCUGGGUUAUGAGGCUUCACCAUCAUCUUUCGAUCCCAACGAUCAUUCGACAAAUUCUCCCAUGAGUACUGUCUCAUUUAAUUACUGCAGGACUAAUUCAGAGAUGUCAACCUUCUCUGAACCAAAUGAUAGCUGCUCCGAGGGUGCGUCCCCUGUCAGGUGGCACCCGCCCAGGGCCGGUACCCCUCCUAUGGCUUCACCUUCUAGGCUUGGAAUGAAGAAGUACAUGUAUAGCAUUGAUUCAGGGCUUGAUGAAUUAGAGGCAGUAGAUAUAGAGCUUGAGAUUAUGAAAGAAAGAUUUUCAAAGCUUCUACUGGGUGAAGACAUGUCAGGAAGCGGGAAAGGUGUAUGUACUGCAGUCACAAUCUCUAAUGCCAUUACUAAUCUCUAUGCUACUAUAUUUGGCAAUGCUUUGAAGUUGGAACCAAUGAAACCGGAGAAGAAGAUGAUGUGGAAAAAAGAAAUGGAUUGUCUACUGUCAGUGUGUGAAUACAUUGUAGAGUUUGUUCCUGAGGACGAACAUGAUAUUGAGGUAAUGUGUACAAGGCCAAGGACAGAUAUUCAAAUGAACUUGCCUGCACUAAGGAAACUUGAUGGAAUGCUCAUGGACAUUUUGGACAGUUUCGAGGAAAAAGAGUUUUGGUAUGCUGAACAGGGUAACGCGUCUAUGAAUUCAACAUCGAGAGCAACCUCAUUCAGGAAGGUUGUUGCACGAAAAGAUGAAAAAUGGUGGCUGCCAAUCCCCUGUAUCCCACCGGGUGGCCUCUCCGAAACUGGUAGGAAACAUUUAAAGCACCAGCGUGAUUGUGCCAAUCAGAUUCACAAAGCUGCCAUGGCCAUCAACAAUAACACUCUUAAUGAAAUGGAAGUACCGGAAUCUUACAUUUUAGGGCUUCCAAAGAGUGGAAAAUCUUGCCUAGGAGAUGCUAUAUACAAGUAUAUGCACAAUGCAGAAUUUUUCGCCCCUGAUCACCUCCUUGAUACAUUGAAGAUAACCUCGGAACAUGAAGCACUUGACCUUGCUGACAGAGUGGAAGCCUCCAUGUACACAUGGAAACGCAAGUCUGGAAUGACACAUUCGAGAUCAUGGCAUGUGAUGAAGGAUUACAAGUCAGAACCGGACAGGAAUGACAAGAAUCAUGUUCUUGCAGAAAGAGCUGAAUCUUUGCUGUUUUUUUUAAAACAUAGGUUCCCUGAACUAUCGCAGACAACAUUAGACACAUGCAAAAUCCAAUACAAUAGGGAUGUUGGCCAAGCAAUCUUAGAAAGCUAUUCAAGAGUGCUGGAAGGUUUUGCGUUCAAUCUUGCUGCUUGGAUUGAAGAUGUACUUUCUGCAGACAAGUUGAUGAAAAAUCAAGAACAGUAGAAAACAUAAAUACUCUCCAAGUACCAGAAAUUUCUGCCUAUUUUGCUUCUUCACAGCACGUAAAAUAUUCAUCACAUGAGGUCGACAAGGCUAAGAGAUGAACACAAUUCGCAUAUGUACAUCUAUGAUCAACACCAAAAUUAGCACAUUAGGUCUUUUUUGCAGUUUAAGUUGAAUGGUGCACCAAGAACUACUAUCGCUGAAUCUAAUGUUCUUAAAUAUAGCAUAUGACUCUAAAGUUGCAAGUCAUUGCCUGAAUACUUGUACAUAUUGCUAAGUCCAAAUGAUCAAUUGAAAAAAUGUGCAGAGUCCUAUUCAACUCCACUAUGAAAACAGUCAAAGUUCAAUUGUCAAAUUCAAGUCUAACUUGUACAAUAUUUAGCUUUGUUAUAGU